AUGGCGACCUCUCCCGAUUCAAACUUGAAGGUUGUCUUUGGCGCAAUGACAAUCGGCGCGCCUGAUGAUGCAAAUGCCAUUUUCGACAUUUUCCAAAAUCAUGGACAUACAGAAGUGGACACUGCUCGCCUUUAUGGCGCGGGUUCUUCCGAAGAGAUGCUAGCGAAUGGCGACUGGCAGAAGCGCGGUCUUGUGAUGGGGACGAAGCUUUACCCGAAUUAUCAUUCGGCUAUCCCAUCAGGCGAAAGAUAUACGCACAAGCCGGAAGAUGUCCGCCGAGGGCUUAUCAAAAGUCUUAAGGCGCUCAAAUGCGACAAGGUCGAUCUUUUUUAUCUCCAUGGCCCGGAUAGGAACACCCCAUUCGAGGAUACUCUGCGUGAAGUGAACAAACUGUAUGAGGAGGGCUUUUUCAACCGCUGGGGCAUCAGCAACUAUUAUUCUUGGGAGGUCGCUAGCAUGGUCGAGAUCUGCAUCAGAAACAAGUGGGUUAAGCCGACUGUCUACCAGGGCGUUUACAAUGCGCUGCAGCGUAACAUUGAGGCCGAACUCGUCCCCUGUCUUCACCACUAUGGACUUUCCAUCUACGCAUUCCAGCCUCUCGCCGGUGGGUUCCUGACCGGAAGAUAUGAGCGCAAUCAGAGCGAAUUUGAGGCUGGCUCUCGAUUCGACCCCCAGCACUGGCAAGGAACGCUCCACCAGGGCCGUUACUGGAACGAUUCGUACUUUGACGCCCUAGACAUUAUCCGCAAGGCUGGAGUGGAGCACAAGUUGACAGUAGCGGAGAUCUCUCUAAGAUGGUUGAAGCAUCACUCGUCACUUAGCCAAUCGCUGGGUGAUGCAAUUAUCGUGGGUGCGAGCAGCACGAAGCAUCUCGAGCAGAAUCUGGUAGAUUUGGAGCAGGGUCCGCUACCGGAUGAAGUCAUCAACGCUCUGGAGUCUGCUUGGAUGAAGGCUAAGGCAGUGGCACCCAAGUACUGGCACUGA